AUGUCUGGAGCUUUGGAAGGCAUCUAUCAACCGGGCGUUGUUGACCCUGGCUAUCCAUCGCCAAAUGGCACUACCCCUUUCUGGCAUUCUCAACCACACCCACGCGCCAACCAUCAGUCAGAAUGGCCAUCGGAUAUCGUCGACGUGGUUAUUAUCGGUGCUGGCCUCACAGGCAUGGGCUUGGUCCGCACCUUGCUGAAGAAGCAACCAGACAUUCGCAUUGUCCUCGUCGAUGCUAGGUCUCUCUGCUCCGGCGCCACAGGUCGCAACGGCGGUCACUGCAAGACCAUGACAUUUGCCAUGUGGGAAGAGCGGAAGCACUCUUUUGGCAUUGAGGAGGCAGUGCGUAUUUCCACCUUUGAACAUGCACAUCUGGAAUCCAUGGCUGAUGCCAUCCACGAAGAUGGCAUCGACUGCGAUCUAGUCCUCACGCAGGGCAUCGAGGCCUACUAUGACCAGAAGGACUUUGAGAAAGCGGUUGCUGGCCUAAAUGAUAUGCGCGCCCACGCACCUCACCUGGCUGAAAAACACACAGUCUACUCAGACCAGUCGUAUCUUCAGGAUGUCCUGAAACUAUCCUCUCGUGCUGUAGGCGCCAUCGCCAUUCCCGCAGCUUCAAUGUGGCCAUACAAGUGGAUCACGGGGGUUCUUGGCCCCCUCAUCGACCAGGACAAGAUCAAUGUGCAGACACAUACGCCUGUUACAUGCAUCAUUGACCAAACAGAGGAUGCAUACGCGACAGUCAAGACCGCACGAGGUGAUAUCCGAGCCAGGCGCGUUGUGCACGCAACAAACGCCUGGCUUGGUCGAUUGCUGCCCGAGCUCCAGCCCUUCAUUUCCCCCGUUCGAGGCAAUGUGUUAUCGUACGCACCGACCGCGAACGGGAAAUCGCCCUUGGGUCUUGGAAGCGAUUAUUCAAUUUGGCUGCGAUAUGGCGUUAAGGAUUACGACUACCUUAUCCAGCGCAAGGAUGGUCGUGCUAUCGUCGGACGGGCCAACACGGGUCGCAGGGCAGUAGGGGACGACAGCGAGACGGAUCUGAGCCCAAUGUCGCAUCUACGAGGCUUUGCUCACGAAGCGCUGGCCACCCCAGAUGCAGAUGCCGCGACCAAGGUCUCCCAUGCCUGGGCUGGCAUCUUGGCCUUCUCUCAAGACGGAAUACCUUUUGCCGGUCGGUUGCCUUUCCUGGGUCGCAGUCAUCAGUGGGUUUGUGGGGGAUACCACGCUACGGGUAUGAUCAAGGCUUUCCUCACGUCGCAGAUGGUUGCUGGGCUCAUCCUCGGGGAGAAGCCGGACAAGGAGUUCCCCAGGUCCUUCUUUGCCACCGAUGAUAGGAUUAGGCAGCUGAGAAUCUCCUUGGAGACAGGAGAACCAGUGGAGAUUAAGGCGCGACUCUAG